AUGAGCAAGCUUCUGGGAGGAUAUGCCAACCACGAGCAUAGACAAGUUUUGACUAGCAAGACUUGUAGCUUUGGUUUCUCUGUGUCAAAGUUCCGGACAUUCCUGCACAUUUCCAAUUUUAGAUUCUUCAGCUCCAGCAACCUGACCGGACCUCCAAGAUUCAUGGUGAUUGAGGAACUUUGUUUGAAGAUCGUAGACUUUGGUGCUAACUUAUGUGGAAGUCAGGUUGCUAGAGUUGAAGAAGCUGUCGUUGCAUAUGUUCUCUCUGAAGUGGAUGUGAGACCAGCUUCAAAUCUUUUGAAGCCACCAGCUGUUUGGAUAGCAUGCUCAAUCAUUUGCAAAAGGUUGCGAUGUUUUAUGUAUAAGGAUCAAGACUCUCUCUUCUCAUAUAUAAAGCUUUUGCUGGGUCGUUUGCUUGCUCUUGAGAGAGUGACCAUCAAGGCAAGUGGAGCCUGUGAUGCUGAUCAGAGGAUUGAAAUUGCUAAAGGAGGUGACAUAGUUCGUACGGGUCUACCCAAAAGCAGAACUGGGCUACGUGGAUCCCACAAUGUGAGACGUAGUACAUACAAGGAAGCCCCAGUGGAAGCAAGCACCUUGAAGGGAAUUUCCAUUGCGAAGGAUUCAAUCCAGGUUUCCCUACGGCUACCGUGUUACGACUUCACCCUAGUCGAAGACCCCACCGUGGUAUGCGCCAAUAAGACCACCAAAAGCCUUUGUGGCACUAGUGGUACACAGAAGUCAUGGGUGAUCAGUGGUCUUCUUUUUCAUCAAUCGAGCGAGAGGGAGCUGCUUCGAGGAGGCGACACCCACUAG